AGGAAUCAAUCAAUCUCGAUUGUUGCGACGCAAGCAUAUGGGGGCUGGGGCCCACCCACAAUUUCCUUUCAUUGUUAUCGUCGUUGCUUCUCACCAUAUCACCAUUCGCUGUCAUUCUUGUUCGUUGUAACAGCACAUCAAGCUUUCUUUAUCCUUGGAUUGGAUUGGAUCACUUCGAUCGCUCCAACGUAACUCUACAAAUAAUGCUUCUUCUUCGAUUUCCAUUCUUACGUUCUCCUUCUCAUCUCUCCUUUCGCCUUCCACUCCGCUCCUCAAUUUCAGCGUCCACUAAGUUCCCUUCGCAAAUGGCUUCUUAUACGACGUCGUCUCCUGCUCCCAAGCUCCUCUUCCGUCAGCUCUUCGAGAAGGACUCCUCUACCUUCACUUACCUUCUUGCCGAUGCUCUCCACCCUGAAAAACCUGCACUGUUGAUUGAUCCAGUAGACAAAACAGUUGAUCGGGAUCUUUCACUUGUUAAAGAAUUGGGCUUGAAGCUCAUAUAUGCUUUAAACACACAUGUGCAUGCUGACCAUGUAACUGGCACUGGUUUGAUUAAGAGUAAGGUACCUGGUGUGAAAUCUAUCAUCUCCAAAGCGAGCAAUGCAAGUGCUGAUGUUUUCAUUGAACCUGGUGAAAAAAUAUAUUUUGGUGAUCUUUUCUUGGAGGUUCGUGCCACUCCAGGGCAUACAUCAGGCUGUGUAACCUAUGUUACGGGAGAUGGAUCCAAUCAGCCCUACCGACGAAUGGCCUUCACUGGUGAUGCCCUAUUGAUACGUGGGUGUGGAAGGACAGACUUCCAGGGUGGAAGUUCAUAUCAGCUGUAUGAGUCUGUUCACUCACAGAUAUUCUCGUUGCCAAAAGACACGUUGGUGUAUCCUGCUCAUGACUACAAGGGAUUCACUGUUAGUACAGUAGGAGAGGAAAUACAAUAUAACCCGCGCCUGACAAAAGACAAGGAGACAUUCAAAGAAAUCAUGGAAAAUUUGAAGUUGUCGUAUCCAAAGAUGAUGGAUGUUGCUGUCCCUGCUAACAUGGUCUGCGGGUUUCAAGAGACGAAAGUAUAAGCCGUCCCUUCAUGUCAUGCACAUCCCGGAGGGAUAUUUAGAGCUCAAAGCAAGGGUUACCAGCAUUUUCCUAAGUUGGAUAGUAUAGUAUAGAAAGAACAAAGGGUGUGUUCAUUGUGGUGUGAUUCAUGUCUUGCUUUACCUUGUUCCCAUUGAAACUGAAUGUUGGUAAGAGGAAAAUAAACAUCAUUCAAAUAUA